CGCAGUGCUCUAAUGAGUUUUAGAUCGGCGUGGCUUACGAUGGUCGCAUCAACAAACGCGGUCCCUUCGCGGAAUCCAGUGAAUCACACACCGGUUAUCGGGUUUUGAGCGAGUACGGCAUAAUGUGUGAAGUGACAAGUUGGAUUCCGACGGCCGUGGCGGCCACACUGCGCGAGGACCGUUCCGCUCAGCCUGUGAUCGCGUGGCUGGGCGCUAUUAGAGACUUCACCGAGGAGUACGACCCACUGAUCACUGUCAGAUCUCCCUCGCCAGAAUCCGAAGACUCCGACAAAACAAGCGCGUCCCCCGACAGUGCAUUCGACGAAAUACUUUCUCAGCUGGGCAAGGAGAUCUUCAAGCUAGACGAAUACCAAAAAAACCUCGCCCCCGAAGGAAAGGAAGUGUCUCUCAGCAUUCUCAACAUAUUCGACGAGUGCCUAGAAGGGAUGAGUGAUACGAAAGAAAAGUGUGUUGUGAAAACAGAAACAGUGAAAGAUUUAGUUAACGGUGUGGAAGAAUGUAGUGAUGGUGAAUCGACUCUAUCUGAUGUAUCGUUCGUGACCAGUACGCCUAUUGCGGCGAAGGUCGAAGUGCCAGAGAAAGUUCCUCCGAUCCCUCCAAGGAGAGGUCGUUUAAAGUCGCCUUCUAGUUCGUCGUCGAUUUACGACAACGUAGAAGUGAAGACUGAGCCUGUGUCUGAUAGUGAAUCGACAAGCACUUGUUGGAGUUAUAAAGAAUGCAGCACAGACGCCGAGAACGAUGGGAAGGACGCAUACGCAGCGAUGUGGUACCAGUCGAGUGGUUUCCACAAGUCAGACGAAAUACUGCAGCGGGUGUUAGCGCAGCACCACGCGACAAUAUCUCGAUUGUCUUUCCAUACCGCCGGCGAGCUGUUGCCGAAUAGGUACUCGGUGUACGCGUUGCACGAGGUGGGAGACCCGGGCAGGUGUGUCACGGAGCCGGAGCCAGUCGCUAUGACGCGCCACAAGCCGCUCGACGACGGCUACGAGCCGGUCCGCGACGCGAUCACCGACGAAAACAUUUACGAAGAAAUCGAGUAUGGAUACAGUUACACAGACGAAGGCUGCUCGUGCGGAGGCAGUAUCGAGGUGGAGAGUGUGUCCAUGAGUGCCAGUUCCGAUGGUGCGGGCCGGGAGAGCCCCUUGUACGCGAACAUGAGGGACCACGACGCGUAUGCGGUGACCUCUGACGUGAUAUUCUGGAAGAAUAUGCUGUUAGACCCGUAUUACAACGACGACGAGGAGGACGAGUGGAUCACCCCUGAAGAAUGCGCCGUGUACAGCAGGGAACAGCGGCCGCCUCUAGUCAUCCCUCGCAUCACCCAGUACCGCACUCCCAAGAGGGAAGUGAAGCAGCAUUUGGGGCAUUCUUACCAAGAGGAGAAUAUAAAUGAACCGUCAGUGAAAUCGUCGGUGCGCCAGUAUGAGAGGCUGCAGGACUGGAGCCCCACCUCGGAGCGGAGCCGAGUGGAACUGGAGCGGAGCUUCAGCAAGGCCAACUCCGACAGCCCCCCGCUGGCCAGGAUCAACAAGAGGCUGGGUAACUCCACCGAAAACCUCCUGUUCCCCAACAACCGAAGACCGAACCAUCUACAGCUGCCAGCGUCUUCAUCCGGGGACAGCCUGGAUGUGGAGAUCCGGGAGCGGGAGCCAGGGUAUACUAAGAGCCGAAAAUCCCGGUCCAUGGUUGCUCCUAAGCACCGAAUGAGGUCCCCAGUGCCUGCGCCAAGGAUGCUGCUUCAUCAGCCCGCUGAGGCGACAGUGAUCCUCGAAGGACCAGUGAAGCGCACCAAGUUCUCGGAAAGCGGGAAGAAGAGCAAGAAGAACUGGAACGACUGCUACAUGAUCCUCACCCCGACCGCGCUCGUCUUCUACAAGGACCAGAAGACGUAUCUGGCAACUCGCAUGCCCAAGCCACCAGGCACGCCGCCAUCGCCGGCGGCGCCACGCGCAGAAUUGGUGCUGCCUCUGCGAAACGCCCACGUGAUGCAGUGCAUUCAAAUGCACACCAAGAGGUACACGAGAUCGAUGGUGCUCACGGUCGGGUACGACCAGUACCUGCUGCAGGAUGAGACGGACGAAGGCGCCAAGCGGUGGCUGAUGAACAUCCAGAAUAUUAUCUACAAGCUGGGUCCUCCAAUGCUGGAAGACUUCCACUCCCCGCAGUAUACAAGCAGCAACACAGACCUGGAAAGCCUGGGCAGGACCCCCCCAGCGGCCCGCCACGCCACAAGGAACAAACACAAAGCUGGUGGCAGCAGUAAUGAAGAUCUCAGUGACUCUACGGAGGCGUCCAUACAAAAGUCACAUGUAAGGAGUAUACUCAGGAAGUUCUUCCCGAAGAGACCAGCAAUGGAGGUGCUCGUGAAGAAAGGAAUCUACAAAGAUGAGCCGGUCUUCGGGCGGAAGUUGGAGGAGGUCUGUCCUGCCACCAGCCCUCGGGUGCCGGACUUCGUGGUGGCGUGUGUGAAAGAGAUAGAGAGCAGUGAGGAAAACAUGUGUACCGAUGGCUUGUACAGGGCCAGUGGGAACCUGAGCCAGGUGCAGAAGAUUCGGUUGGAGAUCGACCAGAACAACCUGUCCGUGAUGGAGAACAACACAGACAUCCACGUGCUGACGGGCUCGCUGAAGCUGUUCUUCAGGGAGCUGAAAGAGCCGCUCAUACCCUGCAGUAUGUUCGACCGGGUGCUUGCUGCUUGCUCAAUAAAACCGAGGGAAGCGAAGAUCAAAGAAUUCCGAGAUAUAGUCCAAGCUUUACCUCAGUGUAACAGAGACACCCUGAAGUACCUUUUAGAACAUCUUCUACGAGUCACACAGUACAGCGAACGAAACAGAAUGCACACGGCAAACUUGGCCAUCGUGUUUGGCCCCACCCUCCUCUGGGCGCCCGCAGAGCAAGCCCACAACAUCGCCAUCGACUGCAUCCAACAGAACAACGUCGUCGACAUCCUUCUCAAUGACUUCAAAGAGAUUUUCACCGAAGACAACCCCAAGGGGAAGAAGAAAGCGUGACUUUUACUCAACCGGCUGUCCCGGAACGAUAACUGAGCCCCCAAUGUAACUCUUCUUCAGCAUUUCCAAUCUGGUACGAAGAAUGGAUGUUGCAACUGGAUUGUGUCAAAUACAAGUACCUAACAAUUUGAUCAACAAACUAUGAAAAGUGGCGUUAAAGUAUUUAUUAUGAAUCGAAACAGAUGACUUUUGGAAUGAGAAGUGGUCUGGGCUCUAUUUUAUUUAAAUUAGGGAAGUAGUUAUUCUACAAAUUAUUAU